UACUGGUUGAUCGUUUGUAUUGCUUACCUCGGUGCAAUCGUAAAAUCGUUUUGUAUAAUACUUUAACUUUCCUGGCAUGAUCCAUCCCGCUCAGAAUUUCCUUAAAAUCCUUAAAAUCUCAUUAAAACCGGAUUGCCGCUCAUUCAAGGGUUAACAACAGAGGUCAUCACAAAUCACAAAACAGCGGUCUCUGGAAGGUUUACCAACGAUUUUAAGAAGUUUUCGACAAAUUGGAGUAGCUAAAGUUCCUUUAAUAGCUGAUACGAGUACUGUUCGGAAUCUGGUGCUUGCUCCUUGAUCACUAGAGAAGCCGAACCGCAAAAUGAGGCUGUUUCCUGUACGAUUUUCUAACAUCAAUAAGAUGUUGGACUUCUACUCCCAAUUCAAUCCUUCGCCUUUAUCUAUAAAGCAAUUUAUAGACUUCGGCCUCAAUGCGUGUCCGAAAAAAUCCUUUGUAUUCCUGCGCAAGGAACUCCCGGUACGGUUGGCCAACAUCAUGAAGGAGAUCACACUAUUACCAGAAAGUUUACUCAGAAUGCCAUCGGUCGGUUUGGUUAGCGCUUGGUACGUGAAAAGCUUCGAAGAGAUUCUCGUAUUCGAGAAAACCGAUCCAUCAGAAAGCAACCUGGAAAAAUUUUGCAAAUCCCUUAUACAAAUACGCGAUCGUCACUCGGAUGUUGUACAAACGAUGGCACAAGGGAUACUUGAGCUGAAGGAAAGUCGAAAUGGAGCCAUCGAGCCGUCGACGGAGCUCUCCAUACAAUAUUUCCUAGAUACAUGAGCGCCUUUACAUACGAUACGCCUUGACAUGAGUCGUAUCAGCAUACGAAUGCUUAUAAACUGGGAUAAACUGUGUCAACGGGGAGUGAAUAACAGAAAUCUAAUGACGCCACCUGUCAUUCUCUAUAGUGAGAAAAAAAGUGUCACGCAUGUUCGUCAUGCAAGCAUGACCGUGGAUGGGUGCCUUUAUGUGGUGAAUGUUGAAAUGUUGAAGC